AUGCCAAGGACUCGAUCAUCCCGCUCCGUGAGGGCCGCGCGUCCCUUUACUCGGCUCCUCACCACUUCUGCUACACCAACACGCGCGCCCCGCAAUGGCACGACAUCUGGACCAGGGUGCAGAUCCGGGUCAACAGCAGCCGCAUGAUCCGAGUCACCCAGGUGGGCAGCGAGGAGGAGCUGGAGGAGUUCAGCGUGUGGAGCGUCGUCUUUUCCUUCCUGAAGGAGAAGCUGAACGACACCAGCAUCGACGUGGAUCUGUACAGCAACAAAACCUGCCUGAAGGUCGAGCUGCUGGAGGCCGGCACCACCUACUGCAUCGUCCUCUUCCGACGCUUUGACCCCAAGCUGUUCCUGGUUUUCUUCCUGGGCCUGUUGCUGUUCUUCUGCGGGGACGUGCUGAGCCGGAGCCAACUCUUCUACUACUCGGCCGGGAUCAGCUUUGGGCUGCUGGCCUCGCUGCUCAUCCUCGUCUACAUGGUGUCCAAGGUCAUGCCCAAGAAAAGCCCGGUGUAUUUCCUGCUGGUGGGAGGUUGGUCCUUCUCCCUGUACCUGCUUCAGCUGAUCUUCAAGAACCUGCGGGAGAUCUGCAAGUCCUACUGGCAGUACCUCCUGGGGUACCUGCUGCUCGUGGGCUUCGCCAGCUUCGCCGUGUGCUACAGGUACGGCCCCUUGGAAAACGAGCGCAGCGUCAGCCUCCUCUCCUGGGCCCUGCAGCUCCUGGGGCUGCUGCUGAUGUACUCGGGCAUCCAGAUCCAUCCCAUCGCCUUGGCCUCGGUGGUCAUCGCCGUCUGCACCAAGAACCUGGACUACCCCUUGCAAUGGGCCUUGGCUGCCUACAGGAGGGUGCAGAGCGCCAGGCUCAGCCCGAGCCCCCCUCGCCUGCUGACGGAGGAGGAAUAUCGGCUGCAGGGCGAGGUGGAGACGCGCAGGGCCCUCGAGGAGCUUCGCAGCUACUGCAGGAGCCCCGAAUUCUCUGCCUGGACCGCGGUUUCCCGCAUCCAAUCUCCCAAGAGGUUUGCUGACUUUGUGGGUGGCGCCUCCCACGUCACCCCCAACGAGGCCUCUGUCCACGAGUGGGAAUAUGGCCUGGGUGGCAUCUUCCUGGAGGAUGAGCUCUCCGAGAAGGAGGAGGAGGAGGACGAC